AAAAAUCGCAUGUCUCAAAAUAGACAGCAAUUUUUAUUGGCGAUGAGCGUUGUCAAAAAAUCGCCUCAUGUAAAGGCAGCUUAAGGCUGUAAAAGAAAAGUUAACCUCACGAUUGGGCAUCUCACCGGUUGAGCAAAUCUCAACUGGCAAUACCGUAUUCAUAAACAAAUAGAACAGCUGUUUUUCACAUAUUUUUCUUUUGUUCAUCCAAACGACUUUUAUUGGACUUGAAGAGUUUUUGUUAUCCUGGAUUAAACAAACAUCGAUUAAAAAUGGACAAUUCUAUGGCACCGCUACAGGAGUUGCUCACUGACAUGGUAGUGCCGACACAGCGUGCCAACAUGAACAUUAAUCCCGAACACAUCACCAUGCUAACCGGAAGUAAAAGCAAAAAACAGCUCAGCCGGAAGCGUGUCAAAGGAAAGAGCUCCACGCUUACGCGCCGCGAAUACGCCAGCCUAGGGCUACACACUUUGCCAACACGACAAAUGCUGUAUGAAGAAGCUUUACCGCUACAUAGACUUUGGAAAGGUUACAUGCGUGAACACUUGGGACUACGUGAGGGUGACACGGUUCCAGCCGUGCACGAGCCAGGUUACGAUGCAUUCAGUAAAUUGUUGGUAAAAACAGAUCUGCAUGGCGCUAUAUUGCGUGUGGUAGAAUCGAAGUGCGCAACACUUGUGGGGUUGACGGGCAUUGUAGUCUUGGAUACGAAAAAUAUGCUAAAGCUCUUGGGCAAGGAUCACCGUAUACGAUCGGUGCCGAAGACUGAAUGCGUUUUUGGUAUGCAUUUUGGGAAUAUGGAAUUUACCAUUUUUGGCAAGCAUCUAGCAUUGCGACCAGCGGAGCGAAGUGUGAAGAAGAUCAAGAAUUUCAUUGAACCUUUUGAGUUGGAAUAAAAAAACCUUCAUCAAUGAGAAUGGCGGCGAUGAUGUGGAAUAUAUAGCUGCAUCGAAGUCGUUUUUCCAACUAGCCAAUAACCGCAUUUAAUUGAAAGCUGCUGCACGCAACAAGAUACAAUAAUUAACUAUUAUAUGUUUAAUGUUUGUUAGCGCAGCGGGUCCUGGAUUGGAAGUAACGUUAUAUUUAAUUUGUUCUCCGCAGACUUCACUAUUCACAAGCAAAUUUAUAAUUUCUCUAGACUGUCCUUUUCACUUUUUAAUCGAGACAUUUCUGCCUAUGUUUUCCGCAUUGACUUUAUUGUAUUUUUUUGUUAA